GCGGGAUGUUACACAUGCAUCUAUUUUUUUUCUCCACUUUUUCGAUCGAUAUGAAUGUGAAUGUUGUAUGUGUACUGUGUCCUGUCUCCCGCGCAAAACUUAACAGUUUUCAAGGAGGUUAAGGAACGCUUCCUUUAUCGUUUCUUCAGGGACACAUAACAUUCAUUAUCGUAUCCCGAAUGAGCGUGAAAUACGUACAAUUAUGGCAAUAAUAAAGGUUACAUUCCCGUCAGACGGUCCACCCGGUAAAAUAUUGAAAUGGAGAGUACGUUUAGAUACAAUGGUCGCGGUGGGUAGGAUAUUGUUACUGUAUCAAGAUGUUACGAUGACAGACAUCGAGAACGAGAGUGCUAAAAAAUCCGAAAGAAAAUUGCGAGCCACAAUUUUCGGUCGCGUCAAACAAAUCCUCGCCAAGGAGGGUGACGUCAUUCAACCUGGGGAAGAGAUAGCACUACUCGAAGGAUGUACGCAUCCUACUGUGAUGAUAGAUUUGUGCGCAGAAUGUGGAGCAGAUUUGAGAGUGCAAGAAACUGGGAAAGAUGGAAAUAUAACUGGAAUAUCACAAGCAAGUGUGCCUAUGGUACACAGUAUACCAGAGCUAAAAGUAUGUCCCGAAUUAGCUGAGAAAAUUGGAAAAGAGGAUGAACAACGUCUUUUAAAGGAUCGAAAAUUAGUAUUACUUGUGGAUCUUGAUCAAACGAUAGUUCAUACUACAAAUGAUAAUAUUCCACCUAAUUUAAAAGAUGUUUUCCACUUUCAAUUAUAUGGACCAAAUUCCCCAUGGUAUCAUACUAGAUUCAGACCAAACACUCGACAUUUCCUCUCAGAGAUGAGUCAUUUGUAUGAAUUACAUAUUUGUACCUUUGGGGCAAGAAUUUAUGCACAUACUGUUGCAUCAUUGCUAGAUAAAGAUGGAAUUCUGUUCUCUCAUAGGAUACUUUCUAGAGACGAAUGUUUUGAUCCAGCGUCAAAAACUGCAAAUCUCAAAGCUUUGUUUCCAUGUGGCGAUGAUUUAGUAUGUAUCAUAGAUGAUAGGGAAGAUGUGUGGCAAGGAUGUGGAAAUCUGGUUCAGGUUAAACCCUAUCACUUUUUCCGUCACACUGGCGAUAUUAAUGCACCACCAGGAUUGGAGAAAAGUGAUGUAUCGCCUUCAUCUGAGCUUGCAAAUAUAAAUGAAUCAAAUGUAAAUGAUUCACAAAAUAAAGACAACAAGAAUGAAGUGUCUGAAUCAUUAAGUGAAAUCAGACAAUCAUUGUCAAACAAUUCCUCAGUAAAAGAAAUAGAUCAUGAAGAAGAAAAAGAUGAACAAAUUGAGAAUAAAAUGAAAGAAACAAAGAACGGAGAUAGUAAAGUGAAUAUUGAAGAAGCUGCAGAUUCCAAUAUUCAAUCUAAUAUUGUGAAAGAGGAUAGUAAAAUAAAUACAAAAAUGAUAGAAGCUGUAUUGCCUGUGAAAACAAUAAAGGAUAAUGAGCAAGUGGCGUUAAAGCAGGAAAGUGAUAUAAUAGAUGAAGAUGACGAUGAUUACUUAUUAUAUUUAGAAGAUAUUCUUCGAAGAAUUCAUACCGAAUUUUACGCUAUAUUGGAUCAAGGAAAUGAUCGAAAAUCUCUUCGGGAUAUAAUUCCGCGAGUACGUUCUCAAGUAUUAAAAGGAUUGUGUUUAACUUUUAGUGGCUUAAUACCUACUCAUCAAAAGCUUCACCAAAGCCGUGUAUAUAAAGUCGCGAGAGCGUUUGGAGCGGAAAUAACUCAAGAUUUGACGGAGAAAACUACGCAUUUAGUUGCUAUUAGAAAAGGUACAGCUAAGGCAAAUGCAGCCCGAAAAGAUGCAAACAUAAAAAUCGUAAAUCCAGAAUGGUUGUGGACAUGCGCGGAACGCUGGGAGCAUGUGGACGAGCGUCUGUUUCCUCUCACAUCACAGGCUCGCGGAUCAAGAGUACCACCACCACACUGUAGUAGCCCUGAACGUGUCGAAGAUCUAGAAAACGAUAAUACAAAUUCUUUUGCUAGUUCUAUCAAUCCAUUAAUGUCAUUCACUCAAGAGGAAAUCGAAUUUAUGGAUAAGGAAGUAAAUGAGGAUAUGGAAGAACAAGACAUUACUUUUGAAAGUGCGGAUGACACAGAAGAAUAUGGAAUAAAAAUACGUUAUCGGAGUUCUGAUUCUGAAGAUUCUAUAAAUGGUGAAUCAGAUGUGCCAAAAAGGAAGAAGAGAAAGAUUUAUAAUGGCAAUUUUGAUCAAGGUUUUUCACAUGAUAAAGAUGAAAAAUAUAACAGUGAUAAUAAUGAUGAUGAUGAUGAUGAUGAUAAUGAUGAUGAUGAUGAUGAUAAUAAUAAUGAUGAUGAUGAUAAUUAUGACGAUGAUGAUGAUGAUGAUCCCGUUACAUAUUUUAGAAGAGGGCAAGAUUUGCCUAGUGAUUUAGAUCUUGGUGAUAAUUCACAGGAUUCAAUAGGUGAUCUUGAAGGAGAUAAUGAAGAUGAUCGAGAAUGGAACGCGUUGGGUGCUGCGCUUGAAAGGGAGUUUCUUUCUGAGUGAUAGAUUUGAAUAUUCUUAUAGAUUUAUAGUAUUCUGAAUAUUGAAUAUAAUUUUCCUUUUUACUCAGGAUGUCUUGUGUUAUUUGUAAAUUUCAAGUUCGAUAGCUGAAGCAGGGUUAUUGAUAAUAAUAAAUAUUAUGUCUGUAAUAAGUUAUUUGUGUACUCUGAUUUAAUCAGAGCAAGAUAUAAAAACAUUAAACGUUUGAAAAAAGUAAGUUAA